AUGAUAUCUGAUACUGUUUCCUCUUUAUCUCCUUUGAUCGCCGUGGCGAUAGCCCUUCUACCGAUACUUGUUUAUCUGUUCGCUAUUUCCAAGAGCCCACACUUUCCACUGAUCAAUGGUAAAAGACUGUUCGAGAUCUCUGAUGCUAGCAGCAAGAAACGAUAUCUCACCGAUGGCCAUGGCCUAAUUAAGAGGGGUUUGCAAAAGGCUUCAGUGUUUCGCAUUAUAUCCGACAACGGACCAAAGACUGUUCUGGCACCAAAGUAUGCUACUGAAAUUCGCAGCCAUCCUGGGCUGAGCUUUGGUACCAGUAUCGAAGAUGAAUUCCAUUCCUAUAUCCCGGGAUUUGAGCCCUUUCAGCUGGGGCCACGAAGCGAGGAACUGUUCCAAGUCGCUAUUCGAACUAAGCUCACACAGUCUUUGGCAAGUGUCAUGGAGCCACUAUCCGCCGAAACAUCCGUCGUGCUUGAGAAAGAGUGGACAGAUGAGAAUGACUGGCACAAUAUCACUCUCAAGCCAUGCAUGCUCAGAAUAGUCGCACAGCUAUCCUCGAAAGUUUUCCUAGGUGAUCAAAUUUGCCGUGAUCCCAACUGGCUUCGCAUCACAGUCGACUAUACUGUGGACUCCUUCAUUGCCGCAGUGGCUCUCAGACAGUGGCCUCGCUUGAUACGUCCCUUGGUAGCUAACUUUCUACCUUCAUGUCAAAAGAUUAGACGGGAACUCGAUGAAGCAAGAUCUAUUAUCAAACCUGUGCUUCAAGCGCGACGGGAAGCCAAGCAAACGACCGCUCGUGAUGGGAAGACACCAGUUCGCUUCAAUGAUGCAAUGCAGUGGAUGGAAGAAGUUGCCAAAGGACGACCCUAUGAUGCAGCCGUCAUGCAAAUUUCGUUCUCGGUUGUGGCCAUCCACACUACUUCUGAUAUGUUAACUCAAGUUCUAUAUGACCUGUGUGGUAAAGAGGACAUUAUCCAAGCCUUGCGCCUCGAGGUCAUCAGUGUCGCUCGCGAGGAAGGCUGGGGAAAACAUAGCUUACACAAGUUGAAAUUGAUGGAUAGUGUUCUGAAGGAAAGCCAGCGACUCAAACCCAUUAGUGUUGCAUCGAUGAGACGAGUUGCGACAGAGGAUAUCAAAUUGUCAGACGGAAAUCUACUCAGUAAAGGAACGAGUCUUCUUGUAUCUGGCGAUAAUAUGUGGGACCCACGCAUAUACCCCGACCCGGAGAUAUUCGAUCCAUAUCGAUUCCUGAAACUGCGUGAAGUUCCUGGUCAUGAAACAAGCGCUCAACUAGUUUCACCCUCGGCAGAUCACUUUGGAUUUGGAUAUGGCAAUCACGCUUGUCCUGGGCGCUUCUUUGCUGUCAAUGAAGUCAAGGUUGCCCUUGCUCACAUGUUAUUGAAGUACGAUAUCAAAUUGGCACCUGGCAUCCCCGAGCCGGUUGUGACUAAGAUCGGGUUGAAUCGGAUCUGUGACAACAAGGCUGUUGUUUCUGUCAGGAGAAGGCAAGAGGAAAUCAUUUUAUAG